GCUGUGUUAAAUAAAGAAUAUGUGCAAAUUAACGCGAGACAUUCAAUUAAUAAUAUCUAAUUUUGUACAAAUUGAUCUCGUAUGUGUUAGAUAUUUUUCGUUACAGCGAGGGAUUAAUGGGCCUUGCUUUGCCCAUACAAAAUAUGUCUAAACAUGGGACAAUUAAGGUUUUAGAUUACUGUACCGGAAGAUAGGUGGUGAGCGAAAGUAUGUUCGUAUGUCUUAUUGAAAUAAGAAGAUACGAGGAACUGACAGACAUUAUAAUGGAGCAGGAUAAGGUGUCUUCUCACAGAGCACAGUUAUGCCCUUCUUUUGAAAAUGCUGUACCAAUUGUAAAGCACAUACAUGAGGAAAUAAAUACUAAAGAUGAGCCACAAGAAAUUCUAAUAUCACAUAUUGCACCUACUGCUGAGACUCUUUCUGGAUCAACCCGAUUUGUGUCUAAACCAGGUUUCGUAAAAGAAGAAACAGAUAUCAAAGAGGAGUCAGAUACCUUUUUCGUAACAGAAAUUACCUGCUCUGCAGUUGCUGACGGGUUGCCUUCUACAGAAUUUGUGACUUGUCAAUCCAGUAUUCUUAAAGGAGAAAACAAUAUCAAAGAAGAGUCAGACACAUGGCCCAUAACAGAAGACGUCUGCUCUUUGGUUUCUUCCAAACAAAAACAGAUUAAGGAGGAACAAGAGGAUGAGUCAUCAGCUGUGCCUAGAGAUUUGGCAUCUUGUGAGGAGCAAUCAGUGAAAGAAGUGAAUGACAGUUGGUCUGAGACUGAUUGUUUUAAAUCACCCAAAGAGCUGCUGGAAAACCAAGAGAGACCCAAGAAGAAACCAAAGUGUAGACAGAAAAGUCAUCUGACUGGCAAGGUCCAGAAGGCACAGCGUUUACCAGCGUCAGAGCCAGAACAGUUCUAUAAGUGUGAAAUUUGUGACAAAGUGAUCCGACAUCUACAAAACUUCCGGGAGCAUCAGAGAAUACAUACAGGAGAGCGGCCGUUCGAGUGCAAGGACCCACGAGCAGGAAGAUCUGGCUCUGCUGAUGCUGAGGGUGGAAGGGAUACUGCCUUCACAGAGGAGGAGAACUUUGUCCUUGCCCAUCAGAUUGAGCAAUGGUACGACAGGCUGUAUGGGUGCAUGUUGGCUAGGACUUCAUCAUACGAGAAGUCCCAGCUGUGGCAUAACAUCGCAGAGGCUGUGUCUGCUGCUGGAGUGAUGCCUCGCUCUGUAAACCGUUGUAAGAAGCGCUACUCAGACCUGAAGAUCAAGGUCAAGACAAAAAUGGUCCGGGAGUCAGCAGACCGGGAAAAAAAUGAGGGGGAGCCAUUUACACCGACAGUCUAUUCAGCAUCUGAGGAAAUCAUUAAGCGCCUCAUACUGAACGGCAUGGUGUCUGGACUUACAGAUUCCGGUACCAGAUCAGCACCAAUGGAUGUGUCCCAUGAAGUUCCUACAGAAACUGAGACAUUCUCUGGUACUGCAGGUGUGGCAUCCCUGGAAGCUACACCAAUGGAACUCAGUGAGGACCCUGCAACAUCUGCCGGUGAGUUCCCUUCCAAUUGUGUUUUGCAGCUUUCUCAGGUCCAGGCUGAGGACACCCUUGCUGUUCAGGACGAGGAGACAGUACAGACAGGACCUGAGGAAGAACCUACAAUCACAUAUUUGCAGCAGGAGGAGGAGAACUCACAGUCAAGGGACAGACAGGUUCCGAAUGGGGACCAGCAGUAUUAUGAGGAUGUCUCUGACUUUUGCAUUAAGCAGAUCCAGCACAAUGAGCUGAUACAAGAAAAACUGGACAUUUUGAACAGCUCCAUGCAGCAGAACAACCAGUACAUGUGCUCAAUCAGUCAGUCGUUGGCACUCAUUGCUCAGUUCAUGGGCAGGGACAGUAAUCAGUGCCCACAGUGCAGCCAUUGUAAUGUGGCGCCAACUCCUUCAACCCUUCCACCCUCAGUAUGUCAGUCAUCCCAAACUGAUGAAGCACUGCCAGGCCCAACUGCAGCCAAUAUUGGACCAGCAUCCUCCAAAAGAAAGUCUUUAAAAUCUAUGAAGGGUUCCAGUACCCCCAAAAAAAGACCCAGCUGAAAAACAACCGAAAAUUCCCAAUAUUAUUAAUUUGUUUUCAUUAAACAAAAAAUGUUUGUGUUAUCACAUACUUAUUAUUUGUUAAAAAAUAUUUUUUUAAAUAAAACAUUAUUUUGAUAUUGUU